AACAAAGAGUUAAUAAUUGGAGAGAUUUUCAAACAAAAAAAAGUAAUUCAUCUCAAGGUGGAACUAAAAAAAGGAAAAAGUUUGGUAGUGAAUUUAAGCCGCCUAAAGUUUUGGCUGAGGAUCCUUCUAAACCUUAUAUAAAACGACCCACGAAUAAUAGUUAA